AUGGAAGGCAGCGAGCCCCGCAUCACCGACAUUCCCUACAAGCUUCUCGAGGACGAGCACUAUCCCGCACAUCAGCUAGACCUCACGCCUGUGCUGGGAGGAGCUACCCCGGGCAGAACGCGCAUUGAGAUCGCUGGCUUCGACGUCCGACCUUCCUUGGGCCAUCGACUCAUUCUGAUUUACAACGACAAUUUCCUCACGGAAAAGCGUCCUGUGAACAUGUGCAUUCAGGCCAUCCACAAAGGGAGAGGAUACAAAUGGUGUGACAAUCUGCUUGCUGUAAGGAAUGCGAACAAGAGGGAGAGGGCUUGGCAGUACCAAGACAUCACCCCCGCAGAUGUGGAAGCGGUCAAGAGAUAUUCCGAGCAGGGAGGUUACGGCCACGCUGCCUUGGAGUAUGCAGACGCAGUAGAGGAAUCGAACUGGCUGAGGGAUAAGGGAUUCCAAACAAUGCAAGUUUGA